AAACAUGUAGCGGUAAUGAAUGAGCUCGCGAGCCCUCCUCCCCUCGUGGAUAUGGAAGGUCACCACCGGAAGAAGGUCAUAGAUACAUUCAAGAUGGCGACCCCCUUGUGUCAGUGUUACCAGAUGUGUGUAAGAAGAGGCUUGGUGAGAUUCCCUUCCUCUUACCUGCUACUUCACAACAGACCCAAUGUCUACAGGAUACAUGGGGUCCUAUCCUGCUCUCCACAGGUGCUUCAGUCACCCCUUCUGCAGGUACGGCACUUGUCAGGGGAGAGAGGCGGAGGCAGGAAAGGUUUCAUGGGGGAGCUUUUGGACAACAUCAAGCAGGAGCUGAACAAGAACAAGGAGAUGAAAGAAAACAUCAAGAAGUUCCGAGAAGAGGCCAAAAAACUGGAGGAGUCAGAUGCAUUAAAACAAGCUCGAAGGAAAUAUAAAACUAUAGAGUCUGAAACAGUGAAGACCUCCGAUGUUCUCAAGAAGAAGUUGGGACACCUCUCUGAGACAGUUAAAGAGGGCCUAGAGGAGGUCAGUCGUUCAGAAAUUGGGAAGAAAAUCAAGGAUGGAAUGGAGGAAGCAGCCAAAACAGCAAAGACCUCAGCAGAGUCCGUCUCUAAAGGUGGAGAGAUGCUGGGGAAGACGGGUGCGUUCAGAGCAAUAUCACAGGGCAUGGAGAGUGUGAAGAAAGAGAUCGGUGACCUGGGUCACACUGGCCCUUAUCGGCCUCCUGCCACACUCAGGAAGAGGAGUGAGUUCUCCUCCAAGGGGGCAGGGGAUGGCAGCAAGGUCUUCGAAGCCAACGAGGAAGCUAUGGGUGUGGUGCUCCACAAAGACUCAAAAUGGUACCAGCAGUGGAAGGACUUCAAAGACAACAAUAUGGUCUUCAACAGGUUCUUUGAGAUGAAGAUGAAGUAUGAUGAGAGUGACAACGUCCUCAUUAGAGCAUCUCGUGCUGUCACCGACAAGAUGACUGACAUCAUAGGUGGGCUGUUUUCCAAGACGGAGAUGUCUGAAGUACUAACAGAGAUUUUGAAAGUGGACCCAACCUUUGACAAAGAUUCUUUCCUUAAGCAGUGUGAACGAGAUAUCAUCCCCAAUAUACUGGAGGCGAUGAUCAGAGGGGAGCUGGAGGUACUGAAGGACUGGUGUUAUGAAGCGACAUACAGCCAGCUGGCACACCCGAUUCAGCAAGCCAAGGCCAUGGGACUGCAGUUCCACUCUCAGAUCCUGGACAUCGACAAUAUUGAUCUGGCCAUGGGGAAGAUGAUGGAUCAGGGUCCAGUGCUGAUUAUCACCUUCCAGGCUCAGUUGGUCAUGGUGAUCCGAAACACCAAAGGAGAGGUGGUGGAAGGAGACCCUGAAAAAGUGAUCAGGAUGAUGUACGUGUGGGCUCUGUGUCGAGACCAGGAGGAGCUCAACCCUUAUGCUGCCUGGAGACUACUUGACAUCUCUGCCUCUAGCACUGAACAGAUCCUCUAAGACUCUUUGAUACGCCCAAGACACUCAGAGAGAGAGAACAUACUGUACCCGAGCGGGCCCUGGAGCUGGCUGGGAAGAAGGGGAGGGGGACAUGGACAGACACGUGGGACAUGGGCUCAUUUCACAAUGGAAAUAUUGUGGAGUAGUGCUGCUAAACGCUAGGUGCUUCACUGCUCCUUUUUUAAGUAUGCUGGCUUUGGGUUCAAGUCACUGCAAUCCCUGGGAUCUCUGAAUGCCUCUAACUAUUCCUGUGGCUCACACUAGGGGGCAGUAGACUACCAACAACACUCAUUACUUUCUGCAAUGCCUUUCAGUGUAUUGAAGCUGCAUGGUGCAGGGCAACUGUUGUUAGCAUUAAGGAGUACAUGAAUUCUUCUAACCUGGGUUCUUUUAUUAUGAAUAGGAGAAAAAUGUGGGAAUCAAGGGAGCUCCUUGAUGUCAGUAUGUCAAAAAUGAUUUUCCUCUGUCCACCAGUCCCUCACACUCUCUCUCUCUUCCUCUCCAAGGCGUCGUCAUCAUGGUGGUGGGUGGUGGUGUUGUGGCCAAUCAGUGCUCUCCUUGACCCUUGUUUGUAUGAUAAUCGUCCACUGUAAUUAUUCAGAUGUGAGAAAGUCUAUAUUUAUUAUGAAAAAUAAAGAAUGACCCCUGUUUUUCACACUAACAGACAUUUUUGAAAAUAAAUUUCUAUCAAGUAUUUUGUACCCUCUGUACCCUGCACAUGGUUAAGCUUCUCUUCUGAUCCACAGGAUGUCAUGUGAUUGCUUCUGGGGCAGUUGCUAAUUAUUUUUUGUAAAAUUAAUUCCUCAAGUGGGAUUUCAGUGUUCGCUAUAUUUCCUUUGGGAAAAAUGCUGUUUCGGAGUGAGUUUUUACAGUUGUAUUUCCAGAGCACGGCUAGAGCACUCAUUUGCUUUGAGUGGAAUUUAGCUUCCUUUGUAAAGCGGAUCGUAGUGAAUGACUCACGAAAAUCUGACAGCCUCAGUCCUGACUUUAACACUAGUGCCAUCAUACAGUUGUGUUCAAAUUCACGCUCUGACCUUCAGUGUUGUGUAGAGUUAUAAGUCACUGCUACAUGUGUUCAAUGUGCCAUGUCGUUGCUCUGCACACCAGAGCCACAUGGCCUCCAAUCAUCAACCCAACCUCUCUUAGAUGAAUGAAAUGAUGGAGGCUGCGAAGGCUAGAUGGCACCCAUUUCACCAAAUCUCACCAACAGUCUCUCAGCCUUGUCAGACGUACUGUCACAUGACCUUGACGUGGUUAGAGGUCACUUUUCUGUGCUGCCUGCUCUGUUGACGAACCAUCAGGAUUCAUGACAAGGACAUUUUCACCUCAUUUUAUAUACAGAAAUAAAGGUGUUAAUUUUGUGUUGGUAUCACGUCGUCCCCUGAUUUGUUGCAGAUAACAGUUCAUAUAAGGUCAGAGAAUGUAGACUGCAAACAAAGCUGCAUCACAUUAAGCCUUUUCCUCUUGGAAAUCCUGUAGCUGCAAUUGUCUUUACAUUUUGCCCCAUUCUGUAAGAAGUCAAUUAAAAUGUCUGAAUUUUUUUUCCCAA